CAAAUCCGGAACUGGAUAGAAACAUGGAGGUACCGGCAAUUAUAACUAGUCCGCAAAUACCUUCGUUAUAUAGGCAGGAUGAUACAGAAAUGACAAGACAUACAUACACUCGACUGGUAAACAAUGCCGGUAGGAUUGCGCUUGUCAGAGAAGGUGUGAGCCCCUUCAGCAAAGACUUCUAUCACGCGUUCAUCGACUUAACCUGGUGGAAGUUAAUGCUCGUGUCGCUUGCCUUCUACGUGUCUACAAUCGUCCUAUUUGGUUUGCUAUACUAUGCCAGUGGUGGUGUAUAUGUGUCCAAAGCGAACAGUCAAAUGAAGGCAAACUUCAUGGAAUGCUUCUGGUUCUCGGUACAAACGGAAGACACGAUUGGCUAUGGAGUACUUCAUCCUGUGUCUCACUUGAGCAACAUCGUAGCAUGUACGCAGUCUUACAGCAAUCUGCUCUUCUCCGCGAUUCAAUACGGCAUAGUGUUUGCGAAGAUAUCGCGGCCGAGUCGAUUGAAGCACAACUUUGUCCACAGUAGUGUUGCCUUGGUGACCGAGAAGGAGCCAUCGUUCUUCAUGGAUCCGAAUGAGAGUCCCGAUUCUGGCAUUGGCGAGUACAAAGCUGGUAGGCGGUGUUUGGUAUUCCGGUUCGUCAAUGCAAGGCUGUCCGUUCUCUGCGAGCCGAAGUUCACUCUCCUGUGUGCGUGUCCAGACUCUCAAACGGAUGCGUUCGUCACUACGCACGAGCUAGCCUUCGAAUUGAAUCGCCAAAAGGGGCGUGCUCGGUUCAUGGAUUUGAGUAAGCCUUACCUUGGACUGCCCUGGCAGGUGGUACACCCCAUCGACGAGAAUUCUCCGCUGUUUGGAAAGUCGGCCGCAGACCUGGCAGCCAUGCGUGUUGAGAUCAUUGCGGUUGUCGACGGUAUUGACGAGGUGGUAUCAGACAACGUGCAAGUGAAAUGGUCAUACCUUGCGUCUGAUCUGAUCUGGGAUGCUAAUCGGUUUACGCCUAUGGUCUUUACGGGUGUUCCCGAUGACGAAGCUGACGAGAUCGAGGCCAUGGGUGAAAGCACACCAUUGCUCAACCAGACAGAAGAUCGGCACCCUAACAUCACAUCCGAUGUACCCGCUUCUGAGCAAGCAUACAUCGUAGACGUCGCGCUUAUCAGCCAGUACGAGAAAAGCUGAUCGUAUUCCAUUCGAAAGAACUAUGCCUG